AUACAGACUGAUAGAGUCAGCAUUCACCUCACGGGUCAGCUGUUCACUACCGUGCUGCUCUCUCAAGAAGACCCUCAAAUACGUUUUUACUUAUAUUGGGGUUUCAAAUUAUGACCGUAAACAACAUGGCAGAUCCAAGACGACCGAACAAGAUUUUUCGCUACAAGCCUCCCAACACAGAAUCAAAUCCCACAUUGGAAGACCCUACGCCAGAUUACAUGAACUUGCUGGGAAUGAUCUUCAGUAUGUGUGGCCUGAUGCUCAAGCUGAAAUGGUGUGCUUGGAUUGCUGUGUACUGCUCCUUUAUCAGUUUUGCUAAUUCACGAAGCUCAGAAGAUACCAAACAAAUGAUGAGCAGCUUCAUGUUGUCCAUAUCUGCAGUCGUGAUGUCAUAUUUGCAAAACCCACAGCCCAUGUCGCCACCGUGGUAGCAUGUAAUCCAGACCCACUGGCUGUCUCAGCAUGGGUAAUGGUGUAAGAGCCAGAGAAAACCAGCUGAUCCUCCCACUGUCCUUCUGGAACACAUGGACAUAAAAUCAUCACCCCAGCUGGCCAAUCUGAGGCUGUAAACUCGACCAAUGCAGCCCUUGUAUGACCUUUAUGUCUUCUCUGUGCUGUCCAUUCAUGACUGUUUUUGUGUCAAAUUUGCCCUCGCUGUGCUAAAAUACUAAUAUACUAUAAAUGUGAUUUUAAAGUUAUUUAAAUUAUAGCUUUUGUGUAGCUAGAUAGACACUUAUGGCUUAAUAAUAUAAUAUUUCUAGCUAUAUUUACAAAUGUUUUUCUACAGAUCCGAAACAUUUUCUUUUUAAAGUGUGUAUGCUAUGACUGUAGGAGUAAAAGGGCACAAAACCUUAAAAUAAAGCAAUUUUGACCCGA